AUGUCGUUAUUUCUGUCGAUACGGGAGCAGCUGGCCGGCAGAGGGCCUGCCCAUGUUCGCGGGGUACCCCCCUGGGCGCAGUGCUCCUUGACGAUCACGGCGGGUGAGUUGGUGCAGCUCAGAGAACUCAACACCCUCUCUGGUGAUCAAUCAAAUUUGCUUAAACAAAUCAUGGCGGCCUGGGAACGUGGUGACCUCGCUUCACUGAACCGAUGGCUACAGGAUUGUGCCGCCUACUUUGAUCCCAACAAACCGCAUCUCUUAGUGUACUUCGUGGGACUCGGUGGCAUUGACUUAUUUGUAACCUUGCUCUGCGAUGUGGGUUUUCCAGCACUCCUCAAAAAGCAGGCCGCACAGAAAUCCGUCCCAAGUAACACUACAACCCAGGCCUCAUGGCAACUCGUAAAGGCUAUCACAUUGAUAAUGCGCGUGCUGACGGAGUUGCUGGUGUGCCACAAUGAGCUGGGGUGGUACUACUAUGAUCACUACCCUGGACUCUUUUUCCAGCUUCUGGAGUUCGCAAAGGUGCCGGAUAUGCGAUUAACCGCCCUGGUGAUGUUAGAACACUUAUUCCUAAGUGUGGGUCCUGUGCUGGAAAUAUCGAAAGUACCCGUGUUGCAGGAGCUGAUUCGUACCGAUAAUGACGCGACUCUUGCCAUUUUGUGCCGUGUGAUUGCACUGCUUAUUGUACCAGGGGUGGUGCUGAAUCAACGCGAGUCACCGCAUCAACGUCUUCUCUUCCCAGAGUCUCUCCUACCGCUUCAACGCAUUCAACGCGUGAUUGACAGCAAUGUGCUGUGGCUGAUCGGUGAGAAGGACCUUGUCAAGCGGCUUGUCAAGCUAUGUGAAGUACGCGGAUCGAACGAUGACCUCGGCCUGCAUCGUAUUGAUCGGGCGACAGCCUUUUCGGGCAUGCCCAUGACGCAGCCGUUCCUCGACGAGUGGGCCACCACCGCAGUUGCGGCGCCGCUGGAGCCGGGCGGAUCCAUCCUCCCCAAUACCCUUUUCGGUGGGUUAGACUUUGGUCCAAUGGCACUUUCCGCCACGCGUGCGAUGAGCCGCGGCAACGUUAAUGACACUACAACACGGAACGAUUGGCGUGGGGCUCGGGGUUACACACAGGGAUUGUCGGGGGAUGACAUCGUGGAGACAGUGCUGGAUAGGGCCCUUGGCACUUUUGCGGAGUCGUGGGCAUUUGAAGACGGGACAUCUGCUGCUUCCGUUGCUGCAGUCGGCUCGAAUGUAGACUUCAGCUGGUUUGUGGGCUGCACCGACGCAAAGCAGCGAUGGAGGCUGCGUGACUUGACGCUCCGUGAGGAGGUAGAUGACAAUCGCCCUCUCCUCUGUGGGUUUGGGCCGGUGACCAAUAAGAGGGCCUGUGAAGCAUUUCGUCAGCAGUGCCGCGAUUUUGCUCAUUUUCUCAAUUCAGAGUCACGGGUAUCCACCGUUUCCCACAGCCCGCAGGUAAUCGUGGGCGCGCAGAGCGAAAUUUUGUUUGUGCUCAACCUCAUGUUGUCUACAUUUUUCUUGGGGGAUGUCUGGUGCACUUUGCGAGACUGCCACUGGAUGGAGGCUGCCAAGAGAUUCUACGAUGCGGCUUUCGACCCAAGCGCCGCCGAUCACUCCUUGUCGCCGUAUCUAGAGCAGCUCCAGCAAGCAACAGAGCUACGCCAGCUCCCACGAUUCCUCUCACCACACGAGAGUGGCGGUGCGGCAAACGAAGGGAUGGAAGUAUCUGAACAUGGGGGACCUAAUAACAACAGCAACAGUAACGAUGAUGCUUAUGAUAGUUAUAAUAGUGAGAGCGAGCACCGAAAGGAGCGAUUGCUUCUGGCGGCGCACUCAGGCGAAGAUACCGAGGCGUACAUACGCCACAGUGCACACCACGGCGUCUCCGACGAUGAUGACAUCUUUGAUGACAAGGACCAUCAACACGAACCGAACACAAUUCGAAAACUCGAACUUCUGCGUGGUGUGCAGGAGUUUUGGAACGCACAGGGCCGGCAUGAAUGCGCCAUGUUACACGAGGGCGACACACCCGAAAAAUCGGCUCCACUUGCGAUGAAGAUCGCUAUGACGCUGGUCGAGCGUACUGAAGACAGCUGUGUAGAGACAUCUGCGUGCCACGCGCUUGAGGGGUACCUCCGCUGCUUCUCUUUCCCGUUAAAGGUGAAGGGCGUGCCGGGCUCGGCGCAAACGGUGGUAGGCAAAGUACUCAUGCAGUCCAUCCUCGAGCACCGUGUGUACAAUGCGACGUAUGUGCCUGGUGUUAGCGGCUCACUUUCCCCGUCAAAGCGCAUCGACAGCUUUUUUGCACUCCUCGGCGAGCUCAUUCGUUACCAUCAUGGCAACCUCACACUUUUGCAAGACUAUGUGGUUGGAUCGGUUAGCCUGUGUCACCUAAACAAUCCUGCCGCGACGACUUCCUCACACGUGCGUCAGAUCCACAUAGCAUCAGAGCAUAUGGAGCAGUUGCUGCGGAUGCCGCCUUUGGAUCGAGAAGAACACGAGCCGUUUGCAAAAGUCCUUCUGCGGCGUAUUUCACGUCACGGGUGCGACACAAAUCUCUUUGUGCGCAGCCUCAUCCUUUCACUGACGCCAGGCCUACGCUCCACGAUGAACUAUGUGUGGAGGCCCGUGACACCGUCUACUGUGGAUGCGAAAGAAUCACUGGACAGCGUCGCCCGCAUUGGGGACGUCGUGACAGGGCACCCGAAUCGUCUAAACUACAUUGCGAGGAACUCUAGGCGGUUUGUAACACUUCUGAGCGAGCGGCUACGGGGGACGGAGAGGAGCCUGCGCGAGGAAGAGGGUGUGACAGCAGAAGCAGCGUCCUCCGCCGACCCAGAACAAGAUCCCUCUUCCUCCGCUUCAACACUCACGAUGUGGGACGUGCUGCAAAUACUUUUGCGCUCCCCACACCGCUCCCCGCUCGGGGAAAGGCCAUUCCCUUGCUUGUUUAACGAUUAUGACCGAGCAAUUGUCAUGGGGGAAAUUGAGCUACCACCCAUCGGGCCCCCGUCGCACCUUGUAGUCCCGCUCUUCCCUGAGUUCACAGACACCGAUGACGGUGGUCUAGGCACGCUCGCAGGGCUUGAGAAGGCGCUGCUGCAGGAACCCCAUAGACUAGUGUACAGCAUGCUUGGCCCAUUGAACGCGGAACGAAUUCAGAAUGCCGGACGACUCUGUGUGGUUACUACGUGCGUCCUGGUGUUUGUUCGUGCUGCUCGCAUGGGUGGGGCAAGUGCGGUACAUGAUAUACUAAGAAAGCUCAAGCCUCUAGCGACAGUGAACUAUGAAAAGUGGAAGAAGCAACGCGAUGCGCCAGUGCAGUGUGCCAAGAGGCGGAACCGUCGUAGUAGGGGAUCAGGAAACCGCAGCGGUCACCCUGCAGGUGAAAGUUCCUGCUUCUGCACGGCGAAUGAUGGGACAUCGCGUUGUUCUGCUUUCCUCUUACACGGGCACUGCGCCCCGCUGAGCUCGAGCGAGCAAUAUUACCACCGAUACGGGGGUUGCUUUUUCCGGAACAUGUUUCGUCUUAUGUGCGUCUGGGUGGGGCACUACGGCGCAUGUCAGCGCUACGUUGAGACGCUCUUCUACUGCACCGAAGUUCCCUUUGCGGAGUCGAAGUGUGUGGUGCUAUAUUUAAUGCGCGUGCUUCCGGACUACUUCUUGUAG